AUGCUGGACUUGUUCUCCAUAAGUAUCACCACCAUCCACUAUGGUCUGACCUCCCUGCCCGCCAUCAUCUGGCUAUCCACCCUCCCCAUCAUCCUCUGCAUCCCGCUGCUCGUCCCCUACCUCAACCCCGCUCCCCCACCCCCCAGAGGCUGUCGCCGACUCGGCCUCGCUCCAUCCCAGCAAUCCAAUCUCCACGAUGAAUACGACCCCAAGUACACCCACGGCGUGCCCAGCACCGCCGCUGACGAAUCCGGCCACCCCGCCUGGCGCAUCAAAGCCCUCUUCACCUACCCGAUCAAAAGCUGCACCGGCGUGGAGCUCGAAACCGCCGAGGUGAUCGAAACCGGUCUGAAAUACGACCGACUCUUCUGUUUCGCCGAGUUGAUGCCAUCCACCAACACCAGCACACCCAGCCAAUGGACCGCCCGCACCCUCCGCGACCGCGACUUCAGGAACCUUGCCCUCCUCCGUCCCGAGAUCUGGGUCCCCGAUCCCACCUCCCCGUCCUACUCACCCAACUUACCUGAAAUCCAAUCCAACGGCGUGCUCAUCAUCCACUACCCACGUCUCCCCACCAACCCACUCACCAAACUCCUCCAACGUCUGCAUCUCUUCCCCACCACAACCACCUCCUUCACCAUCCCCCUCACCCCACCCCCCUCCCAAACUCACCUGUUCCCUCUCCACCCCGUCAAAAUCUGGAAAGACAGCCCCCAAGCCUACAACUACGGGCACCUUCUCCCCGACUCCCUCCGCGCCCUACUCACCUACGACACCACCGUCCCGCCGCAUCUCCGCCGCCCUCUCACCCUCUUCCGCGCAUGCGAGGCCCACCACCGCGAGAUCUUCCGCUGCGCGCCCCGCAAGGAGGAGAUCGGGUUCCAGCCCGUCACGGGCUUCGCGGACGCGUAUCCCCUGCAUUUGGUGAAUAUGGCGAGUAUUCGGGAUGUAGCGGGGCGGUGUGGGGAUGCGAUUCCCCAGUUGAGUGUGAGGCGGUUUCGUGCGAAUGUCGUGGUUCAGGGGCCGGGGAGGUUUGAGGAGGAUGCGUGGAAGAGGAUUCGGGUUGGGGGGGUAUCUUCAUCGUCUUCGUCUAUUUCUUGUGGGAAAAAUUCGGAGAAAGACAAUAGGGAUGGUGAAUGCGAAGGAGGUGUGGAAAUCCACACAGUCUGUAGAACUAUUCGCUGCAAAUUGCCGAAUGUUGAUCCCGAUACGGGGAUCAGACAUCCUUCGGAACCGGAUCGUACGAUGAAGAGUUAUCGGAAGAUAGAUCCGGGGGAUCGCACGAAUGCGUGUUUGGGGAUGCAGUUGGUUCCGGCUGUUAGGGAAUUCACUCUGCGGGUUAAUGAUCCCAUCUCAGUGCUGGAGACGGGUGAGCACUUCUAUAUCAAGAUGCUGGCGCCAGGGGAGAAAGUAGAAGGGGUGUAAAGUCCCUGAUCCUGUGCUGUACUAUAAUACUUUUUUCAGCUG